GAGACAUACCAGAGUCGAUCUGUUUCCCGUUUAAAAAAUGGCGUCCGGCGAGUCACGUAGGCGGCGUAAGGGGGCGUGGCUACUAAACAGUAAUGUGAUUGGUUAAAAGUGAAGAGACCUGGGGAGCGUGUGAGCAGUAUGGAUGGCAAAAUGAAGGUUCUGAAGCUUUUCAAAACCCUGCACAGAACAAGACAACACGUGUUCCAAAAUGAUGUGCGGGCAUUAAAUGCUGCCAGACUGAAAAUCAAUGAAGAAUUCCAGAAAAAUAAAAGUGAAAGUGCUCCUGAGAAGAUAACUGAGCUGCUAAAAAUUGGACAAGAUGUUGAACUUUUGCUUAGGACAACUGUUAUCCAAGGUGUUCACACUGAUUCUAGUACAAUAGUUCUGCAACCAAGGAACGAGGUCCUACUAGAUAAUGUUCCAUACUGUGAUGCGCCCAAAAAAUGACACAACCUUCUGUGGUUUUUAACCAUUUAUCACCAGUAUUUUAGCUUUUUUGAUCUUUAUUUUUCAGUUCAAGGCCUUUUUUCCUAAAGGCACAAUGUAGGAAACUUGUACAGGUGAUUUUGUUGAACAUGAAAGCAAAUAAGGUUUUUCUCCAUGGGAUACUCACGUGUUAAGAACAAGUUUUAAUGUUUUGAUCACGAAGAUCAUUCUGUAAAUUAUUGUAUUGUGAAUAAAAUAUUUUACUUUGGACCUCUUG